AUGGCUUCCCGCCGCCUCUCAGAUAUGAUGGCGGUUUUCUCGGCCUCCUCAGCGGUGGCGAGAAAGCACUACUUGAUACGAACCCAGCAAUUGAAUCUCUACGCUUCUACAUCUAGUAUACUGAAAUCCUACUAUCGAUCCCGAGAUAUGACCCCUGAUAGCCCACCUCGCGACGGAGCAAUUCCCCCUUCCAAUACCUCUACCCAUUCUUCGAAUAAAGGGGAAAGAGAUAAAGAAUACUACUCUGAUCGGCCAACAGGGGUCUCCAACGAAUCUCUCCCGAAGGAUGGACCCGAAUUGAAGCCCCAAUCAUCCAAGUUGGCAACUCCAAAGCUGCGGACAUCCUUGUCACCAGAAGAAGCGAAGAGAUUACAGAACGAAUCAGAGACCUCAAUUCUCUCCGCUGUGGCGGAACCCCCUGCUCGGGCGGAGACCCGGGGGAUCGAUGAUGAUACGUUCUAUCUCAGGCACGCAAGAGCCUCGCCAGUACUGUCGAACUUGCCUCGUGUGAAGAUACCGCGAAAGACGGAGGGUGAACUGGAGUCUUCUGGGGAGGCCAAUUUUGAUGCUUUCUAUGCAACACCAAAGAGGGAUGGGGAGACGGCGGAGAUACCCGAAAAGUUUGUUCUGCCGGAACAAGAAGGUGGUGGUGUGGGGGGACUGGAUGGAGAAUUGUUUCACAGCCGACGGGCAAGGUCCCUGCUUACGCAGCUCCGAGGCGCAAAAGAGAAGACAUUGGAGAAAGCUGCGAAGGCUCCGAGGGAAGAGAAUACUGAGGGGAAGGAUGAGGAUACUUUUUACACAAGAACUAGCGUAGACAUAUCACCUGAUACCGGCACUCCCUCGCCGGCUAUAUCUAGUGUACCGAAGCAAGAAAAGAAGGGUAUUGAAGAUCUUGCAUCCGAAAUAUCAAAAGAUGUAGGAAAGACUUCUACUGCCAUCACCGAGCAGGUUGAAGAACCGGCCUUCCAAAUGAGUGCUUCCCGUGUCCCCUCUUCCCGUCUUGGAAGGCUCUUUCAUUAUGGUGGAUUAGCAGCCGGUAUGGCGUGGGGAGCGGCGGGCGAAUCCCUUCGACGGGCCACUGGAGGAGGGGACAGUGGCUCCACCAGCGGCGUACUGUUGAAUCCACCAAACGUGGAGAGGUUAGUUAAAAAAUUGAGUAUGAUGCGAGGGGCGGCUUUGAAGCUUGGUCAAAUGAUGAGCAUUCAGGAUUCAAAAAUGUUACCACCCGCGUUACAGGAGAUUCUCACACGUGUCCAGGACAGCGCGGAUUACAUGCCACCUCUCCAGCGCGAUUCUGUCCUAGAAAGCAAUUUGGGUCCUCAGUGGCGGGAUUUAUUCACCGAGUUUGAGGAGGUACCCAUGGCUGCCGCUUCGAUCGGUCAGGUACACGCAGCAACCCUCUCAUCCAAUGGCCUUCCUGUUGCCGUCAAAAUCCAGUAUCCCGGAGUCGCCGCGUCAAUUUCUUCAGACCUAAGCAACCUGGCGAUCCUCAUGACAGCGUCCCGACUUCUUCCCAAGGGUCUCUACCUCGACAAAACUAUUGCGAACGCAAGAGUAGAACUAGCCUGGGAAUGCGACUACCUCCGUGAAGCGGAAUGUGCAAAGCGCUUCGCGACACUUCUGCAAAAUGAUACUUUUGUAUUCAAGGUUCCCGCUAUUAUCGACGAGGCGUGCGGUCCUCAAGUACUAACGAUGGAGAGAAUGGGCGGGAUCGGUGUGACGAAGAUAAUAAGCAAGUUGACACAGCAGGAACGAGACUUCAUUGGCACUCAGAUCCUCAAACUGUGUUUUCGAGAAGUUCAAGAAUUCAAGUUUAUGCAAACCGAUCCAAACUGGACGAACUUCCUAUGGAACAUGGGGGAGCAAAAGAUCGAACUUCUCGAUUUUGGCGCCUCAAGAGCCUACCCAGAAUCCUUCGUCCAAACCUACAGCGCCCUCCUAAAGGCCGGUGCCCGCAGUGAAGAAUCACAAAUCCGUGACCUCUCCAUAAAACUUGGCUACCUCACCGGCCUCGAAUCCCAAACGAUGCUGCGCGCUCACGUUGGAUCCAUUCUCGCCCUAUCAGAGCCCUUCAGUGCUAACGCGCCAGAAGUCUACGACUUUAGCGAUCAGACCGUGACCGAUCGUGUCCGCGGGUUCAUCCCAUUGAUGAUGAGGGAGAGACUUACCCCGCCACCCGAGGAGACGUAUAGUCUGCAUCGGAAGCUCAGUGGAGCUUUUUUGCUGUGCGCUAGGUUGGGGAGUAGGGUGCCCUGUAGGGGGAUUUUCGAGGAGGUUUUGGGCGAGUAG